AUGGGGCUCAAGGCGCGCAGGGCGGCGGGGGCGGCUGGCGGCGGCGGCGGCGAAGGGGGCGGCGGGGGCGGCGGGGCCGCUAACCCAGCCGGGGGGGACGCGGCGGCGGCCGGCGACGAGGAGCGGAAAGUGGGGCUGGCGCCCGGCGACGCGGAGCAAGUCACCUUGGCGCUCGGGGCCGGGGCCGACAAAGACGGGACCCUGCUGCUGGAGGGCGGUGGCCGCGACGAGGGGCUGCGGCGGACCCCGCAGGGCAUCGGGCUGCUGGCCAAGACCCCGCUGAGCCGGCCGGCCAACAGGAACAACGCCAAGUGCCGGCGCAUCCAAACUUUGAUCUACGACGCCCUGGAGAGACCGCGGGGCUGGGCGCUGCUCUACCACGCGCUCGUGUUCCUGAUCGUGCUGGGCUGCUUGAUCCUGGCUGUGCUGACCACAUUCAAGGAGUACGAGACGGUCUCUGGAGACUGGCUCCUAUUGCUGGAAACAUUUGCUAUUUUCAUCUUCGGAGCCGAGUUUGCUUUGAGGAUCUGGGCUGCCGGAUGUUGCUGCCGAUACAAAGGCUGGCGGGGACGACUGAAGUUUGCCAGGAAGCCCCUGUGCAUGUUGGACAUCUUUGUGCUGAUUGCUUCUGUGCCAGUGGUUGCAGUGGGAAACCAGGGCAAUGUCUUGGCCACCUCCCUGCGAAGCUUGCGCUUCCUGCAGAUCUUGCGCAUGCUGCGGAUGGACCGGAGGGGCGGCACCUGGAAGCUCCUGGGCUCAGCCAUCUGUGCCCACAGCAAAGAACUCAUCACCGCCUGGUACAUCGGCUUCCUGACGCUCAUUCUUUCCUCGUUUCUUGUCUACCUGGUGGAGAAAGAUGUGCCCGAAGUGGAUGCCCAGGGAGAGGAGAUGAAGGAGGAGUUUGAGACCUAUGCAGAUGCCCUGUGGUGGGGGCUGAUCACACUGGCCACCAUUGGCUACGGAGACAAGACUCCCAAGACGUGGGAAGGCCGUCUGAUUGCUGCCACCUUUUCCUUAAUUGGCGUCUCCUUUUUUGCCCUCCCAGCAGGCAUCCUGGGAUCAGGGCUGGCACUCAAGGUGCAGGAGCAGCAUCGUCAGAAGCACUUUGAGAAAAGGAGGAAGCCAGCUGCCGAGCUCAUCCAGGCUGCAUGGAGGUAUUAUGCUACCAACCCAAACAGGAUAGACCUGGUGGCGACGUGGAGGUUCUAUGAAUCUGUCGUCUCUUUCCCAUUCUUCAGGAAAGAACAACUGGAAGCAGCAGCCAGCCAAAAGCUGGGUCUCUUGGAUCGGGUUCGCCUUUCUAAUCCUCGUGGUAGCAAUACUAAAGGAAAGCUAUUUACCCCUCUGAAUGUAGAUGCCAUAGAAGAAAGUCCUUCUAAAGAACCAAAGCCCGUGGGCUUAAACAAUAAAGAGCGCUUCCGCACCGCCUUCCGCAUGAAAGCCUACGCUUUCUGGCAGAGCUCUGAAGAUGCUGGGACCGGUGACCCCAUGGCAGAAGACAGGGGCUAUGGGAACGAGUUCCUCAUGGAAGACAUGAUCCCCACCCUGAAAGCCGCCAUCCGAGCCGUCAGAAUUCUCCAGUUCCGUCUCUAUAAGAAGAAGUUCAAGGAGACGUUGAGGCCUUAUGACGUGAAGGAUGUGAUCGAGCAGUAUUCCGCGGGGCAUCUCGACAUGCUUUCCAGAAUAAAGUACCUGCAGACGAGAAUCGAUAUGAUUUUCACCCCUGGACCACCGUCCACUCCAAAACAUAAGAAGUCGCAGAAAGGGCCAGCAUUCACCUACCCAUCCCAGCAAUCUCCCAGGAAUGAACCAUAUGUAGCCAGAGCAUCCACAUCAGAAAUUGAAGACCAAAGCAUGAUGGGAAAAUUCGUAAAAGUUGAAAGACAGGUGCACGACAUGGGGAGGAAGCUGGAUUUCCUCGUGGACAUGCACAUGCAGCAUAUGGAACGGCUGCAGGUGCACGUCACGGAGUACUACCCGACCAAGGGGACCUCCUCGCCCGUUGAGGUGGAGAAGCAGGAGGACAACAGGUAUUCUGAUUUGAAAACCAUCAUCUGCAGCUAUUCUGAGACAGGCCCCCCUGAGCCUCCCUACAGCUUGCACCAGGUGCCCGUCGACAAAGUCGGCCCCUAUGGGUUUUUUGCACAUGACCAAGUGAACCUGCCCUGUGGGGGACCCAGUUCUGCCACGGUUCCGACAACCCUUCCUUCCUCGGCAACCACAUAUGCAGAAAGGCCCACCGUCCUGCCCAUCUUGACUCUUCUCGACUCCCGAGUGAGCUACCACUCCCAGGCUGAACUGCAGGGCCCCUAUUCGGACCACAUCUCCCCCCGCCACGGGCGCAGCAUCACCCGGGACAGCGACACACCUCUGUCGCUGAUGUCACUCAACCAUGAGGAGCUGGAGCGGUCACCCAGUGGCUUCAGCAUCUCCCAAGACAGAGACGAGUAUGCAUUCGGCCCCAGCGCGGGGUCGAGCUGGAUGCGGGAGAAGCGGUACCUCGCGGAGGGUGAGACGGACACAGACACAGACCCCUUUACGCCCAGUGGCUCCAUGCCUCUGUCGUCCACAGGGGACGGGAUUUCCGACUCGAUAUGGACCCCUUCCAACAAGCCCGUCUGA